UAAUAAAUCUGAGCUAUGGCGUUGGAUUUGUUCACGUCAGAGUAUAAGAAUUUCUUUUCAAUGCUUUCUCUGUUUAUAAGCUUAUAUUUAAGUUUUCUCUUUUGUUGCAAACGACUUCUUAUUGCAGCUGGCUUUAUAAAGUCACCACUAUCUGAAGUGAAGCUAAUUGAAGACAGUAUAGAAUUGCACUGUGAGGUAAUUGGAAAACCCACCCCUGAAAUUCAGUGGUGGACUGUAGAGGGCAAUGACUCUGAAAUCAUGUCACAGCUGUAUGAUGGUGCACGACAACAUCGAGUCAACAUCAACUUCACCUAUAACCUUGAUGCCAAGAGCACAAUCAGCAUCAUGAAUCUAACUAUCGAAGACACAGGCACAUAUGAAUGCAGAGCCAGUAAUGAUCCCUACCGCAAUGAUUUAAAAAAGAUCCCAAAGAUCAAGUGGAUACGGUCUCAGGCAACAGUAAUUGUCAUUGAAUAUCCUAUAAUUGUCAGAAAUCCUGAAGUCUUGGAAUCCAAAGAAAAUGUGAAGGGAGCCAUUCUUAGCUGCAACCUGACAAAUCCACCCUCUUCUAUAGAGGGCCGUGUAUGGAAAAAGGAUGAUGUGGAAAUCCCAGCAACUAAAGAUACAGGGGAGUCACCAUUGAUGGAAUACAAACUAGAGGCUGAUGAUGUAAAAAAUUCGGGAGAGUACUCUUGCCAUUAUUUCACGACUCCUGCUGUCAACGGUACCAUUCUUGUGAAAGCUGCCCCUGGUGUGAAUGCAGAGAAGACAUCUGAACAUAGAACUGAAGGAGAGAGUGGAGUGUUAACAUGUAAGAGCAGCGGGUUUCCACCAGUUGAGAACUGGUCAUGGUCCCGGAAGACCAAAGGUGGUACUGAGCAAAUUGUCAAUGGAACAGAGAAGUUUCACAUCAAGAGCAUGGGAAAUAAGACCGAGUUGCGCAUCUCUUUUCUGGAUAUUGAGAUAGACCAAGGAGACUAUUUCUGCAAUGCAACUAAUGAAAUUGGUGGAAGAGUUGAGACAAUUCACCUUCGAGUUCGUAGCCGUUAUGCUGCUGUCUGGCCCUUCUUGGGUAUUGUUGCCGAAGUGAUUGUGCUUGUUGCAAUUAUCUUCAUUUAUGAGAAAAGGAGAAAGCCUGAUGAAAUUUCAGAUGAUGAUGAACAAGGAUCUGCACCUUUGAAAAGCAAUUCAGCCACAAAUCACAAGGAUCAAAAUAUCAGGCAGCGAAACUCUAACUGAUUUGAUACCACCUCCAUGAAAGGAAGAGACCUACACAACUUUAAGCAAGAUUGCAAAGUGGACGGGUUUUCAAGUUGGUAUAAAGAAUGUCACCUUCAACACGAUUCAAAUAUUUGAUCUAUGCCUGGAUCCUAGGUCAUUUGGAUCUACAGGAAAAACUGUUUAACAAUUUAACUGCUGGUGCCUUUUAACUACAGUGUAAUGCCGCUGGCACCAGCAGUCAAUUAAAGGAACAAUGUAAAGUUCUAGGCCUAUCUCACCUGUGUAAACUGGACUAAAAUGUUCCUGGUAAAGAUUUGCUUUUUCUUAACAAUUAGAUUGGAACCUAUGUUCUGUUAAACAGUCAUCUAAUAUUUAUCGUCCUACUUUAUAUAAAUUAUAGAUUACCAUAAUUAUUUUGGCUGGAAUUUGUAAAUACCCUUGUCACACAUGGUCAACAGUAAGAAUGCUGCCUCACUAUUCUCAUGUUUUUAAUCCUGCAUGUUAAAAUUUUCAGACUGGCUUCUAAUGUAUGUAGUGUGAUGCUAGUGAAUUUCUCUAAUGUUGUCAUAUUAUUCCCUCUAAUUGAUGCAUACCCAAAGAAGUGAUAGUUUACAAAAGUAUAUUGCUAAAUUCAAUGGUUGUGGCAAAUGGGCAAGGGGGUCUGGCUUCCUUUAGUGAUUUGGAUAAUACUCCAGUCUAUCUCAUUUAUAUUUCAAUGGUUAUCAUGGAAACAGGAUAGGAUUACCCACUGUCUGAUGGUUAGGCAGUGCAAUAGUUAAAUCAAAGCAGUAAUCUUUGUUCUGAUAUAGGUGAUGGGAAUCUACCCAGAGGCAGCAACUAAUAUGCUUCCAUACCAAUUUUAUAGUUAGUCAUAUACGUCAGUUCAAUCAAACCAGUCGGUCAGUGUUUUCAGGCCCUUGAAGGUAAUUUGAGGGGAAAACAAUUGUGCAAAUUCCAUCAGAAAAAUCUAGGUUGCUGCCAUCAUGGGCUUAAGGAAUCUGAUUCCACCACUAGCUGGUCUGAAUCCAGUAAUUUUUGUUGAAGCCAUCUAUUUAGGAUGAAUGGCUUAUUAGUUCUCUUUAAAUGGGACUGGGACUGCAGACCUCCUCACACCUGUAAACCACCAACUCACUCUGGUUUUCAUUUGAGAAAUCAUUCCAAAUUCAAUAUGAGAAAUAUUGAGUAUACUUCAGUGAUUUCCUAAAGCUCAAUUAUUGACCUCAAAAAUAUUCUUCAACUUUCCCUCUUUAGUAUUACUGGUAAGAUCGUGCAUGAUCUCUAGUCUUCAACACUUUAUUUUCUUGCUUUGUAGGCUACAAUUCCUAGUUUUCUGUGUGAAUGUAUUUAUAGCACAACGUGUUACUAUUGUACUUUUAGUGCCAUUGUUUAUGGAACUUAGAUUGCCAAUAUUUUUUGCUGCCUAUUUGUCCAGAAAAGAAAAGGCCCAAAUAACAUGGUUACUUUUGUUGCUUGCGGUUUCUGCCUUUUUAAUCUUUAAAAUGAAUGAUCCUUGCUCACCAGAGUUUGAAAUGUUGGCCCUAGUGACACUGCAUGUUAAUUUUAUGCUAGUGAUUGAUAUGGGAAAGCAGUACAAUUAUUGUCAGUUUUGCUUUUGGUGAAAUCCUCAUGACAAUGUAUCUGAUUUGGAAAUAUGUAAUUUUUGUAUAGACUGAGGAUAGUUUGCAGUAUUUGGCCAUCACUGUUAAUUGUUAUGCAUUUUUCCUGCUAAAUCUUAAUUGCUAAAUGAUUCAAGAUGAAAUUAGGUAAUAUUUUCAAAUUCAUGUUGCCACACUGCCUCAACAGUAUGCAAUACCUGUGUCUGAAUUCACAUUAAAAAUUUUUGAUUUUAUCAAUUUCACCUGUAAAUUUUGCAUUUUUCCCCCAAGUUCAGUUACAGCUUUUUCUCAAUUAGUAGUACUACUUUCUGAUGAAAUAUUUGAUGAAGUAAUACUUGAGAAUACUUGUGUACACAGUGCCUUGUAAAAGUAUUCAGCCCUCAAUCCUUCACAUAAAUGAAUAUUACAACCAGAGAUUUUGAUCAAUUUAGCUGAGAAAUUUUACUUGUGAAUCACAUGCUCCUAUUUUUCCCCAGUAGAGCCCUAAAAAAUGGAAAAUUGUAAAGCUCAGGAAACUAAAAAUUCAAAAACUGAAAUGUCAGCAAUUCAAAAGUAUUCAUCCCCUUUGCUCACUACUUAGUUGAACUACCUCUUACAGCUAUUACAGCCAGCAAUCUUUUUGGACAAGUCUCUUGGCUUUGCAUGACGUGAUGGCGUAAGAUUUGCCCAUUCCUCUUUGCAAAAUUGCUCAAACUGUGCCAGGUUACUUGGAGAACAGCGGACAUAAUUUUUUUUUUAUUUUGAAGCCACUCCAUGUUUGCUCUGGCAGUAUGCUUCUGGUUGUUAUCCUGCUAAAAGAUGAAAUUCUGCCCCAGUUUAAGCUUUCUGGCAGAGGCUGGCAGGUUUUUAUCUAGGAUCUCUCUGUAAUUAGCAGCAUUCAACUUCCCAUCAAUCCUGACCAAAUUUCCAGACCCUGCUGCUGAAAUGCAUGGUUUUUUUUCCCACCAUAUUUUGCAGUAUGGAUUGUGUUACUUGGCUAAUGCACAGUAUUAGAUUUGUGCCACACGUACCACUUAGUAUUGUGGCCAAAAAGUACCACUUUAUUCUUGUCUGACCACAAGACCUUCUUUCACAUCUUAGCAGUAUCUUCUAAGUGAUACACUGCAAAGUCUUUACGAGCAAAGGUUUUUUUUAGCCAAGGUUUCUUCCUUGCAACUCUUCCAUAAAUACCCUUUUUGUACAAGGCCUUUGAGACUGUAGAGCCAUGAACUUCAUCUCCAGUUGCAGCCACGGACGACUUCAGCUCACUCAGAUUGACUGUUAGCAUCACUGUAGCCACUCUUAUAAGUGCCAUUCUUGUCUGGCGAUUGGGUUUAAAGGGGUGGCCUGACCUUAAGCAGUGUGGCUGUGGUUCCAUAUUUGCACUUUUUCAUGUUUAACUGCACAGAGCUCUGCGGUAUGUUCAGUGCCGUUGAGAUGGUCUUGUACCUUUCCCCAGAUUUGUGCUUCUCUAUUAUCAUGUCCCUGACUUGUCUUGAAUGCUCUUUUCUACCAUGCUGUUGCUCAUUACAGAGCGAGGAGGAAUUUAUUCAGGUGAUCCUCCAAUUUUCUACGUCAACAAAUUGGGGGAGUUGGUAUGGUAAUACUGUAUAUUGCUCCUGAGGAAAGUUGGUGUAGUAAUUACAAAGGAGAUGAAUAUGUUUUCAGCCUCAAUUUUGGUUUUUAAUCUUUAGUAAAUUGUUGACAGGAUUUGGAAUUUUUCUUUUGAUAUGCACAAUGUCUUGUAGAUUAGCUCAAACUUAACUUCAAUAUUUUAAAUUUAGAAAAGACAGAAUGUGAAAAUCUUUGUGGGGACUGAAUACUGUAUCAAGUUACUGUAAAUCUUUAAACUAUCCUCUUCCUGCCAUUUGAGUAAACCUCCCACCGGAGAUGAAGGUGUAAAUUUCCUUAUCCAUAUGAGCAAUGGAACAUGUAUGGUAACUGAGGUUGUUAAUAUUGAUAGCUGAAUUUGACAUUUAAUUGAUGUGUAAAACCUGUUGAAAGGUUGAGAAAGUGAAGGUUUGCUAAGAAUUCGUGGGUUUGCUUACUGAAUAAAUAUUUGAUUCUUGAUGACUGGAAGAAAUGUUUAUCAGAAGCUAGCAGCCUUGGAUGAUGGUAUGCAACUAUUGUGUAUGGCUUUGUUUUCUCAGAUUGUCAAAGGUUGAUAAAAGUACUGACAUCCAAAAAAAUGUAACCUGUAUUGGCUAACUCGCAACAUGUGCAAGUAACUUUCAUACCCAUGUGGCAAAUUAACCCCUUCUCACCUUGACUUUCAUUACAUUCCUAUGAUUGAUUAGAAUUGCUAUAACGUACCUUACUAUUGCGUAGGAUGAAAUAAAUGUGGAAAAGUUAACAUGACUUAGAUAUUUUUUCAUAUUUUUUCCUGCUUGAUUUAUUGGACUAGAGUAGUUUGGAUGGAAGUAAACAUCUGUGUGCAGUUUAAUAUUUGGCAUUUCCUUUAUUCAUAUUCUGUCAAUAACCAGUUCACCCAUUUAAUAAACUUUCAAAAUA